GAUCAAGGUGAUCUUAGAAAGCUUAUGAAGGAAAGUAUCAUUUUUCUAUGAUUCUAGAAUCCAGACUUUGCUUAGAUUUGGCAGUCUUGGUCCAUGAGACCCCAAAAGGAAAGGCAUAUAGUUUGCCUUGCUCUUCAACUUUAACAUUACCAAAUCUUAUCUGUCAAACCCAUAUGGAUGCUACAGAAAAAGUUAGAUUUGAAGUUAAGCAAUGAUGUAAAGGAAAAUUCCAUUUUGCUACUUUCUUUGCAUUCCCAACCACAUAUCAAUCAUCUUUGCUUUACCCUUUCUAAUACCUCCCCUUAACCCAAAUCCAUUUUCAAGACAGGGAACUAAUUCCUCAACAAGCAAUGUCUUCCUUUUUUUAUCAUGUUCUUCUUUGCCAUCGCUCCCUUCCUUUCAACCAUUUUCCGCAACCAUGGAAGAUACGAACACGCUAGCGGCCGACUGCAUUGUCAUAUGCUGUUGCUGCCAAUGCCUGGCAUUGCAGAUCGUUCUCCUUUUGUUACUCAAGCUUCCGUGGAAACUCGUUCGAAAGACUAGAGAGUUUGCAAAGAGAAGGCUAAGAAUGAGAGAAAAAGAGGAAAAGAUGGUAGGGAAAGAAAAGGGUAGUGAUUAUAGAGAUAAGCUUAAAGGAAUUAGUAAUGGAAGAUGUAUGAGAAGUGAAGAAAAUGGGUUGGGCUUGAGUUGUAUGGAAGAGAUUGAGAAGGUUAUGCAGGAUUUGCAUGAGAAAGGAGAGUUUGGUUUUGGAAGCUUUUGGGGACAUGGUAAUUCAAUUUCAGGUUCCUGCAGAGAUGAACAGCAAUAUAGUCCUACAAAUGUACAGUAUCAAUUAAUUCAAGUAAUUCCUUCUACAUGAGAUGGCCUUUCUAUUUCUCUAUUUAUAUCCAUUCUUCAUUUCCUGCUGUUUUCCUGAAAAAA